AUGUCUAAAGGUUUUAAUCUUAAUUUCAAAAAUACUAAUGUGAUGACUUUUGAACAAGAAAAUGAAUUGUAUGCUGGACAAAGCAUAAAAGUAAAUCAUUAAAUUAUACUCUAGCUAAAAUUUAAAUAGGGAGAGACAUAAUUAGAGUUAGAGGUAAAGAUAAUUAACUCAUAACAAGUUAGUUUAAAGUAGGAUAGGACGUAGAAUGGGCUAAAAAAUGUGUUGCUGAAAAAUUAGAUUGUGGAAGAAAUGACUUUGUAAUAUAGUUUAGAAUAUAUGUAAAUAGGAUUUGAUUUUUGAGGAAAAGAUAAUGCCAGAAUUCUUUUCUUUAAAUGAUAUUCCUAAUUUAAAGGAUCAAUCGUCAAUUAUAAUAAGAAUGAAGAUAUGA